CAGCUGCGUAAAUGAGUAUGGAAGAUUAUGAUUUCCUCUUCAAAAUUGUUUUAAUUGGCAACGCUGGUGUGGGGAAGACCUGCUUAGUCCGUCGCUUCACUCAGGGGCUUUUCCCACCGGGUCAAGGAGCCACGAUUGGGGUUGACUUUAUGAUUAAAACUGUGGAGAUAAACGGUGAAAAAGUAAAGCUGCAGAUCUGGGACACGGCAGGACAAGAACGAUUCCGAUCCAUCACGCAGAGUUACUAUCGCAGCGCUAACGCGUUAAUCUUGACCUACGACAUCACCUGUGAAGAAUCCUUCCGCUGUCUCCCCGAGUGGCUGCGAGAAAUCGAGCAGUAUGCCAGCAAUAAGGUCAUAACUGUGCUAGUGGGUAAUAAGAUUGAUUUAGCUGAUAAGAGGGAAGUCUCCCAGCAAAGAGCUGCAGAGUUUUCCGAAGCGCAGGACAUGUACUAUCUGGAAACCUCAGCAAAAGAAUCGGAUAAUGUGGAAAAACUUUUCCUGGACUUGGCCUGCCGGUUGAUCAGCGAGGCACGACAGAACACCCUUGUGAACAAUGUCUCAUCCCCCUUACCAGGAGAGGGGAAAAGUAUCAGCUACUUGACUUGCUGUAAUUUUAACUAAAGAGCUGGCAUGUGGUUUCCCCUUCCGCCAUGAGCCAAGAGGAUUUUUUUUUUUUUGGUGGGGAUUUAUCUACUUGAAGGGAAUUCCCGCUGCUUUGACCCAUCUGACUCUCCCCGAGUCAGGUUGCAGACCUGGAAGCAUGGCAGGCUGAUGGCUCCAGCUGCAUGGCAACAUAGCAGAGCAUAACAUGAUUUAAAUUUCAUUUUUCUCGCAGUCUGUGGAGUGGGUUAGGAAGGGAAGAGUCGCACAAGGGGGUCAUGUAAUGCAGAACACGAGCUAUUGUGUUUCCUUCUACGGGAGACCAGAGCAAGCCUCUCUUGAAGAUGAUAUUGAAGAGAUCAAAAUCUCUCUUACAGAACAAUGUGUCUGGUCCUUUUUAAAAGAAAUAAGAAAAAACAACAAUGAACACUGACCCUGGACUACACUGGCAAUCCUCCAGGCUGCCAGCGAAUGAGCUCUUGGGACAUGUACAU